GUGACAUUGGGAAGUUUACUUAUGCGCAUGGCAUGACGGGAGUUUUUAUGGGCAUGCGUAUUAGAUACCUAACCGCCAUCUUUGAUUUGGCCAGUUUUGAUGUUUGUAUUUUUUCCGUCCAAAGUUUUUCUUCGUACAGCUGUUUGACGUGAGCCAUGAGUCUGUCUUUGAGAUCUGACUUCGGUAUGGACAAGUCCAAACGUCGGAAGCGCCGAGAACUGACAGAAGAACAGAAACAGGAAAUUAAGGAGGCCUUCGAGCUGUUUGACACUGACAAGGAUCAUGCCAUUGAUUACCAUGAACUCAAGGUGGCCAUGCGUGCUCUGGGAUUUGACGUCAAGAAAGCUGAUGUGCUGAAGAUUCUACGGGACUACGAUAGGGAAGCCACGGGGAAAAUUUCUUAUGAAGACUUCUCGGAAGUCAUGACAGACAUGAUGCUAGACCGUGACCCCAGGGAAGAGGUGAUGAAGGCAUUCCGUUUGUUCGACGAUGAUGACUCCGGGAAGAUCAGCUUGCGGAACCUGCGCCGAGUGGCGCGGGAACUCGGCGAGAACAUGACAGACGAGGAGCUGAGGGCCAUGAUCGACGAGUUUGACAAGGAUGGAGACGGUGAAAUCAAUGAGGAGGAGUUCCAUGCCAUCAUGACGGGAGACACGUAAAGCAUUCUCAAACAAGCCAAAUAUUACAACCACCAUCAAUCUGUUCUGUCAUUUAGAUUAUAGUCUUGCUAUAUACUUUUAACACUCAAAACUCAGACAUCAUAUUUAUUCUGGUAUCCUCUCAUUCAGCAAGAUGUAUAUAGGCUGUAUUUGCUGUACCUCUUCAAUAGGAAAACAUAUGUUUUUCUGUCACAACUUGAUUUACCAUGUUUUUCUGUCCAUAUUCCUACAAAAUCACACCUUGCAUCAAAAAGGUGAUGGCUGUGUCAUGGGUCAUGAUUGUAGACCCCUACCUUUAACCCUGUGAAGAUUUACAUUGAGAAGUGUUUGAUUUUUUUAAAAAGAUGUACAAACUUAAUACACAUGUCUGAGUUGUAAACUAUUAUCCCAGGGGCUAUUUCAUCUAGAUGUCUCAAGAAUUGUAAGGAAAAUAUUUGAAAUCUAAUAAUUUAGGUGGAGAACAAUUCUGAAUUUCAUACAUAGAAGGGUUACAAAGAGCAUAAAAAAUGUUCCUUACCAGCUUUUUCAUGAGACUUCUAAAUGGAGCAACCCUAUAUUAAUCAGUUAGUAGAUUUUGAUAAAAAAAUAUGUGAUGUUCAUGUAUGAUAGGCUAGUAACUCUGCUAUUUAAUCUUUUCUAAUCUAAAUUGUAGUCUUUUCAUUCAAUCUAUAUUAGUUAUAGAUAUCAGAUCAAGUAGUGAGGGUUAAUUAUAUUCUCUAUCUAUAGUUUAUUGAUGGAUAUUUUUUCUUCCCCUCAUGAGUUGUAUGGGGUUUUCAGAGGGUUUCUCUCUUUUGUUUGUCUCGUGAUGCACUGCACAUGUAUACUAUUUUGUAGUUUACAGUCACAAGUACCACUCAGUGAGGAAAAUAGGAAGUGUCCUCUAUUUUUUGUUAUUUUUGAUACAAAUGUAGAUGACAUUUAAAGGUUCACUCUACAUACCUUUUCGCCACUUUGCAGCUUUCUUCUAAAAUAUGAUCAACAGCAUGAAAAAUAUUGUCAACAAA